AUGGUCACGCCCCUGCUCACCGACCUCUACCAGUUCUCCAUGGCCUACGCCUACUGGAAGGCCGGCAAGCACCUCGACCGCGCCGUCUUUGAUCUUUACUUCCGGAAGAGCCCCUUUGCUGGUGAGUUCACCGUCUUUGGGGGCCUUGAAGAGUGUAUACGGUUUAUUGCCAACUUCAAGUUCAAAGAAGAGGAAAUCAAUUUUCUGCGGGCUGCACUACCUACAUGUGAGGAUGGCUUCUUCGAGUACCUCAGUUCAAUUGACUGCUCAGAUGUUGAGGUUUAUGCCAUCCCUGAGGGUUCUGCUGUGUUUCCUAAGGUUCCACUGAUGAUAAUCGAAGGACCUGUUGCGGUUGUCCAACUUCUUGAAACUCCAUUUUUAAGUCUGGUGAACUAUGCUUCAUUGGUUACUACAAAUGCUGCAAGGCACCGCCUUGUAGCAGGGAAGCCAAAGAAUUUACUUGAAUUUGGACUUCGACGGGCUCAAGUGGGUCUUACUUUGUUUCGUUUUGCUUCUUUUGAUUCAUUAUCCUUAACAUGGACUUAUGAGCACAUGUCUAUCAGGGGCCAGAUGGAGGAAUCAGUGCAUCAAGAUAUUCUUAUAUGGGAGGAUUUGAUGCAACGAGAUGAUAAAUAUUCUUACUCAAUACUUGAACAUGUGAACCAACUUGAAGUUAUACCGAAGGCCGUACAAUGCUUAUCCAAACAGACAUUCAUCAUAAUAAGCAAUAAUCUGACAUUCCUACCCGGGCAGCAAUGUUGCAGCAGGAAGGGUCUUGAUGAAAUCAUUGACAAAGCACUGUCUAGCUCUGAUGGUUCGAACAAAUGUGAAGACUUUGUCUCUCUAGUGCAGAAUUGGCUGGUUAAGAUUCAGAACUUAUGGCUAGUAAUUUAUGUUCAAGUAUUCAAGAUCUGUCCUUACAUUCUUCUUUUCAGGAUGCUAGUUCAUUGCGUGGUUCCUUUGGCGAGACAAAUCAAAGUCAUGAGAAGUGGAGUGCCAAACUUCUGCGCUGUUGCUUUAGCUCUCAAUGAUAUGGGGUAUAAGGCAGUUGGAAUUAGGUUAGACUCUGGUGAUUUAGCAUAUCUGUCUAUUGAGACACGCAAGUUCUUCUGUGCAAUUGAAAAAGAAUUUGGGGUUGUUGGCUUUGGAAAAACGAAUAUUACAGCAAGCAAUGAUCUCAAUGAGGAAACAAUUGAUGCAUUGAACAAGCAGGGUCAUGAGGUAGACUCAUUUGGCAUUGGCACCUACCUAGUUACCUGCUAUGCACAAGCAGCACUUGGUUGUGUAUUCAAGUUAGUUGAAAUUAACAAACAGCCUCGUAUUAAACUCUCUGAAGAUGUCACAAAGGUAUCGAUACCAUGUAAAAAACGAUGCUACAGAUUGUAUGGAAAAGAAGGUUAUCCUUUAGUUGAUAUAAUGACCGGACAAGACGAGCCAAGCCCAAAGGUUGGUGAGAGGAUUCUGUGUCGUCACCCUUUCAUCGAGUCAAAGAGAGCUCAUGUUGUUCCACAGCAUGUCGAGGAGUUGUUGAAGUGCUACUGGCCUGGACAUUCAUUUGAAAAGGACAUUGAUCCCAAUCUUUAUCCUCUUGUCAAUGCCGAAGCCGUACAAAGGGAGGAGCUGCCAUCCCUCAAUGAGAACAGGAGUCGGUGCAUGCGUCAGCUGGAACGGAUGAGGCCGGACCAUCUGAGGAAGUUAAAUCCAACACCAUACAAGGUUCGAUCAAUUACUGUUAAGCUUGAUGUCACUUAUCUGAUCCCCUUGCAUCUCAAUCUCACCAUGCACACGCGCUCUGCGCGCCUCUUGAUCAGGUGA